UCUUGGAAGGUUUCGGGAGCCUGCGCCGAUCGCCGCCCUCCCGGCCGGGAAUGCGAGAUCCGGGCCCCGCCGAGCGUCGGCCACCGCGUCAGGUCCCCGGCGGUUGAACCCCGGGGCACCGGCGGGACCCCAGCAGAGCAGCGACUCAUGGAAGCGGCGGGCUCCCCGGCUGCUGCGGGGACCGGAGACGAUGGCCCUGGAGGAGGUGCAGGAGAGACCUCUGGGCGGCUUUCAAGAGAACAGCUUUUUGUACUGGUAUCAGCUGCUUCCAUGAACUUGGGUUGCAUGAUGGCCUAUUCUAUCCUUGGACCAUUUUUCCCACAUGAGGCAGAAAAGAAAGGGGCCAGCAACACAAUGAUUGGGAUGAUCUUUGGAUGUUACGCUUUAUUUGAGUUGCUUGCAUCUUUAGUGUUUGGAAAAUAUCUUGUAUAUAUUGGAGCCAAAUUUAUGUUAAUAGCAGGGAUGUUUGUCUCCGGAGGAGUUAUAAUUCUCUUUGGUGUCUUGGACCAACUUCCAAAAGGACCCAUAUUUAUUGUCAUGUGUUUUCUUGUGAGAAUAGUGGAUGCCAUAGGCUUUGGUGCAGUGAUAACAGCAUCGUCUUCUAUUCUUGCAAAGGCUUUCCCAAAUAACGUGGCAACAGUCUUGGGCAGCUUGGAGGUUUUUUCUGGACUGGGACUCGUCCUGGGUCCUCCUUUGGGUGGGUUUCUGUACCAAUCCUUUGGCUAUGAGGUGCCUUUUAUUCUUCUGGGCUGCAUAGUCCUGUUGAUGGUUCCGCUCAACCUGUACCUCUUGCCUAGCUAUGAGUCUGAUCCAGGUGAGCACUUGUUUUGGAAGCUCGUCACCUUACCCAAGGUUGGUCUUAUAGCCUUCGUCAUCAUCUCACUGAGCUCCUGCUUUGGCUUCCUUGAUCCAAUUCUGUCUCUCUUUGUUUUGGAGAAGUUUAAUUUGCCAGCUGGAUAUGUGGGACUGGUCUUCCUGGGUCUGGCACUUUCCUAUGCCAUUUCUUCACCACUGUUUGGCCUACUAAGUGAUAAAAAGCCUCAUCUAAGAAAAUGGUUUCUUGUCUUUGGAAACUUAAUCACAGCAGGGUGCUACGUGCUCUUAGGACCUGUCCCAAUUUUGCACAUUAAAAGUCAGCUCUGGCUUCUCGUGCUGGUAUUAGUUGUAAAUGGUGUCUCUGCUGGAAUGAGCAUCAUCCCAACUUUCCCAGAGAUCCUCAGUUGUGCAUAUGAGAAUGGAUUUGAAGAGGGAAUAAGUACACUGGGGCUUGUAUCAGGUCUCGUUAGUGCCAUGUGGUCAGUAGGUGCUUUCAUGGGACCAUUGCUGGGCGGAUUUCUGUAUGAGAAAAUUGGUUUUCAGUGGGCAGCAGCUAUACAAGGCUUGUGGACUCUGAUAAGUGGUCUUGUGAUGGGCUUAUUUUACCUCUGGGAGUACUCAACGACAACAAGAAGAUCUAAGCCUCAGAACAUCGUUGGCACAGAGGAGGAGCAAGCUGCUCUCUUGCCCAAUGAAAUAUAGCCUCACAAGUCCUGCACUGAUACAGGUUGGGAGACAGGUGCCCCUUGCCUUGAGCAUCGCUGCUAGAGGAGCCUGCCCAGUGUGCCACACGAAGCUCCAUGUGUGCCACACCAUCCUGGAAAUGUUACUGUGCUUUUAGAUGAUCCUGAGUCAGGCUGCACUUAGUGUUUCUCUGAAGAGCUGGCCUGCUGAGCCAUCCACAUCACAAACACCUACAAGAAGGGAAAGCCAACAGAAGUUAGUGUUUUGAAAUGACCAAACUUAUCCUUGAGGUCACAGUUAGUGACUCUGGCUUUCUUAUUUCUUGUGUUUUUCAUUCCAAGUGCACUGAUUCUGUGAAUGUACCCUUUAUAGUUAAUAAGUAAAUGGAGUUAUCUGAUGCA